CUGGCUGCAUCUCAGCCCCUUCCCUGCACCGUGCUGGGUUCUGUGCUUUGCAGCAGGAGCGGGGAGCGGAGGGACCGGGCGCUGCAGGGAGAAGGGAGCAAGGGUGGGAAAGGGAGUUGGCAGCAGCGAGGCUGUCAGUGGUCAUGAGCAUCCUCCUUCAUAUCCUCUUCCUCUCUGCUGCCCGUGCUCCCGAGCUCCCAGCUCUUUUUCUUCCUUCUCUUUGGUGAAACCAACAGUGUCAGGUUAAAGCUGUGCAGUAGGCCUGUAGCUGAUGCAAAAUGAGUGUUCCUGACUACAUGCAGUGUGCUGAAGACCAUCAGACUCUCCUGGUUGUGGUUCAGCCGAUUGGCAUUGUACCCGAAGAGAGCUUUUUCAGGAUCUACAAGCGAAUUUCAGCAGUGAGUCAAGUUAAUGUGCGUGACUCUCAGCGCGUGUUGUAUAUCCGUUACAGGCACCAUUAUCCCCCCGAGAACAAUGAAUGGGGGGAUUUUCAGACACACCGGAAAGUUGUGGGACUGAUAACUAUUACGGACUGCUCUUCUCCGAAAGACUGGCCUCAGACUUUUGAAAAAUUCCAUCUUCAAAAGGAAAUGUAUGGUUCUACUCUCUAUGAUUCCCGGUUGUUUGUCUUUGGGCUUCAAGGAGAGAUUGCGGAGCAGCCUCGCACCGAUGUGGCGUUUUAUCCCAGUUAUGAUGAAUGUGAAACCGUGGAGAAGAGAAUAGAAGAUUUUAUCGAGUCCCUCUUCAUCGUGUUGGAGUCUAAGAGGCUUGACAGAGCCACCGAUAAGUCUGGAGACAAGAUCCCACUCCUCUGUGUUCCUUUUGAGAAGAAGGAUUUCGUAGGUCUGGACACCGACAGUAGACACUAUAAGAAGCGUUGUCAAGGCCGGAUGCGGAAACAUGUUGGUGACCUGUGUUUACAAGCUGGCAUGUUACAAGAUUCCUUGGUGCAUUAUCACAUGGCGGUGGAGCUUCUGCGGUCUGUGAAUGACUUUCUGUGGCUUGGAGCUGCCCUUGAGGGGUUAUGCUCAGCAUCGGUCAUCUAUCAUUAUCCUGGUGGUACUGGAGGUAAAGUUGGAUCUCGCAGGGCACAAGGAGGUUCUCUGUCUGCUGAGGCAGGCAACAGGCACAGACCAGGGGCACAAGAAGUUCUCAUUGACCCAGGUGCGCUGACCUCAAAUGGCAUAAAUGCAGAUACCAGUGCUGAGAUAGGACGUGCCAAGAAUUGCCUCAGCCCUGAAGACAUCAUAGAUAAAUAUAAGGAAGCCAUUUCUUACUACGGCAAGUACAAGAAUGCUGGUGUGAUUGAACUGGAAGCCUGUGUGAAGGCAGUGAGAGUCCUUGCAAUCCAGAAAAGGAGCAUGGAAGCCUCCGAGUUUCUUCAGAAUGCUGUUUAUAUCAACCUUCGUCAGCUUUCAGAAGAAGAAAAAAUCCAGCGUUACAGCAUUCUUUCUGAGCUGUAUGAACGCAUUGGUUUUCACCGAAAGUCUGCUUUUUUCAAGCGUAUAGCAGCCAUGCAGUGCGCUGCACCCAGCAUCCCAGAACCAGGGUGGAGGGCCUGCUACAAAUUGCUUUUGGAAACUCUCCCUGGCUAUAGCUUAUCAUUGGAUCCUAAAGAUUUCAGCCAAGGAACUCAUAGAGGAUGGGCAGCAGUACAGAUGCGUUUGCUUCACGAACUAGUGUACGCUUCCAGAAGGAUGGGCAAUCCUGCUCUCUGUGUCAGGCACCUUUCUUUCCUUCUCCAGACCAUGCUGGAUUUUCUUUCUGAUCAAGAGAAGAAAGAUGUAACGCAGAGCUUGGAAAGCUACACAGCAAAAUGCCCUGGUACAAUGGAAUUCAUCACUCUUCCAGAUGGUUUGAAGUUACCUCCUGUUCCGUUCACCAAACUGCCUAUUGUGAGAUCUGUAAAGCUCUUGAACCUCCCAACCAGUCUGCGGCCUCACAAAAUGAAAAGUCUACUUGGUCAGAAUGUGUCAACCAAGAGCCCCUUCAUAUAUUCUCCAAUUAUUGCACAUAGUCGUGGGGAAGAACGAAAUAAGAAAAUAGACUUCCAGUGGGUCCAGGGAGAUGUAUGUGAAGUUCAGUUGAUGGUGUACAACCCUAUGCCUUUUGAGCUCCGAGUAGAAAACAUGGGUCUCUUGACAACAGGAGUAGAAUUCGAAUCGCUUCCUGCAGCUCUUUCUCUACCUGCUGAAUCCGGUCUCUAUCCAGUAACUCUUGUUGGUGUUCCUCAAACAACCGGACAGAUCACUGUCAAUGGUUACCACACUUCAGUUUUUGGAGUCUUCAGUGAUUGCCUUCUGGACAAUCUACCAGGAGUGAAGACCAAUGGUUGUACUGUCGAAGUCAUUCCAGCUUUGCCAAGGCUGCAGAUCAGUACCUCCCUUCCAAGGUCUGCUCAUACGCUUCAGCCGUCUUCAGGGGAUGAAAUCUCCACUAAUGUGUCUGUCCAGCUUUACAAUGGAGAGACCCAGCAGCUUAUCAUUAAGUUAGAAAAUAUUGGAACAGAACCACUGGAGAAACUGGAGGUCACAGCGAAAACAGUCAACACUAAGGAGAAGCUGUAUGGGGACUUCUUGAGUUGGAAGCUAGAAGAUACCCUCUCCCAGUUUCCUUUAAAACCUGGAGAGGUUGCAACACUUAGGGUAAACAUUAAAGUGAAACUGGACUUCUCAUGCCAAGAAAAUCUUCUGCAAGAUCUCAGUGAUGAUGGAAUCAGUGUUAGCGGACUUCCGCUCUCCAGUCCUUUCCGGCAAGUUGUCAAACCAAGAGUAGAAACUAAACCUAUUAAUCCACAAGAAAGCAGCAAAGCUGGUGACUUCAGUCAUGUGAAGACACUGGAAGCCAUCUUGAAUUUUAAGUACUCUGGUGGACCAGGACAUGUUGAAGGAUAUUACCGGAACCUUUCACUAGGCCUUCAUGUAGAAGUAGAGCCGUCUGUUUUCUUUACACGUGUUAGUACCCUUCCAGCAACAAGUACCCGGCAAUGCCAUCUGCUUCUUGAUGUCUUCAAUUCUACAGAACAUGAGUUGACAAUCAGUGCUAGGAAUAAUGAAGAUUUAAUUCUGCAUGCGGGGGAAUGUCAGCGUAUGGCUAUCCAAGUUGACAAGUUCAAUUUUGAGAGCUUCCCAGAAUCCCCUGCUGAUGGGACACAGUUUGCGAAUACAAAGCAGCUGGAAGAAGAAAGGCAACAAGCAAAAGGUCUGGAGAUUAACAGCAAGCUGGAUAUUUGCUGGAAAAUUCCUUCCUUGAAGCGUGAAGGGGAAGCAAGUGUGGAAGGUGUUCUUAAUCAGCUGGUCCUGGAGCAUCUACAGUUGGCUCCUCUGCAGUGGGAUAUCCUUGUUGAUGGAAAGCUUUGCGACUGUGAUAUUGUGGUGAACUGCAAAGUUGGGGACCUCGUACCGUUGGAGGUGAAGCUGACCAACUGGAGCAAACACAGCGUAGGGCCCUUCGCUCUCACUGUGACACCAUACCAAGAUUACCAAAAUGGGGUACACAAUUAUGAGCUGCAAGACGUUAUAACUUUUGUGGGAUCCAAUACCUUCUACAUCGAUUCGGUGAAGCCCACCAAAGACUCUGUGUACUUUGGAGCACUUCUUUUUCUCUACACAGGGGAUUUCUACCUGAAUAUCAAAUUCCAUGAAGACAACUGCAGCAGGGAGCUGCCUCUCUCCUGGUUCUGUCUUCCUAGUGUUCACAUCCGUGCUAUGGAGCCUGCAAUCCAAACUAAGCUGUAAAUGUACUGUGUGCUAUUUGAUUAACCACAGUGCACAGAAAUGCUUGGCACAUCCUCUGCUUGAUCCCAGCUUGUUUCUGUCCAACCCCAGGCCACAGUCUCUACUUUGGAGGAACAGCUGAACACUUUCUGAAUUGGCUGAUAGUCAUUUGAGCAGCUGCUUUAGCUAAUUUCAGAGAGAGAGAGAGAGAGAGAGAGACAGAAAGAUUAUAACUAUGCUAGAGCUUUCCUCUGUUUCCAAAAAUCCUUUGAAACUGCUAAUAUAUGCUUUAUAUUUUCAUAUACCCUAUUGAUGUCAGUGGGUUUGAAAGGGUCUUGAGGGCUGAAUUUCACCAUGUGUUUUAAGGUCUCAGUUCCAGCUUGAACAAUCCCAUUUUAGCAUUUUUCAACAAAAGUUGUAUAUGUCUAUGAAAUUCUCCCUGGCUUAUACUGGACCCAUGGCAUGUGUCCUUGAGAUGUAGUUCUCCUUCAGACUUGUCCUGAGGUUUGUUCCUGUUCAUUUUUCUGCUGUUUGGUGUCUUUGGUAGUAAAUAGCAGUACUGAUGCUUUUUUUUUCCUGUGUUACUGAAAGUAAGAAUAGCAAAUGUGCCUCCAGUUAUUCUCUUCCUCCCCUGAGCCCAGUGUCACUUGCUCCUGGUAAAGUCAUUGCCUUUUAGUUUGGUAGAAAUGAAAGACAGCAGUGAAGAGCUAAAGAGUUUUGUACUUGAGAAAAGGAAUAAGCCAACUUUUGGGUUGCCUAAGGCUUGGCUGUGAAUUUGGGCUUUCACAGUUCUGUUUUAGACAAUCACAAUUACUUGAAACGUUUGCAGACACUUAACAAGCCACCAAAAUUAAUCAGCUGGUCAUCAGUAUAACUUUGCAUGAGUUUUUGCAAACUCUUCUGAUCAGAUUUUUCAUGCUAGUAGGCUGGGCUUGAAUAUGUGUUUUUUUCUUCCUUCUUUUUGUUAGAAUGAUUAGAUUUAAUUAUUAGGCAAUUAAGACCAUGGAAUUCCUGACCGUAAAAGUAGUUUAUAAAUGUACCGAAAAUUUAGCCUGUUCUCUCUCAGAAUAAUACUUUUGUAUAAAGAGACCUGAAUUUACCCCAUGUAAAGCAGGGAGAUAUCUUAGCUUUAUGAUUAAUAUAUUAUUUCAUGGAUCAUAUGUUUCAAAGCUGUCUCAAUCUUUUCUUAAAUUUGCAGCCUGCAGCUCUUAAACUUGGUGGCAAUAUACUCUUGGGGGUGGAUGCAUCAAGGUGCAGCAGGGGCAGUCCAGUUAUUUUCAGUUAGCUCUAUAUGUGCCACAUCCACAUGAACAACCUAUUUGCAGAUGUUUGGUUUGUUUAUAUUUCAUCCAGAUCUGGGCACAUCACUUCGCACCUGACCUGGUCCAUCCUGCUUGUGCUGUAGAGCACUACCCAGGUAGCUCAUUCUGGCUCUCUGCACCAUGCCCAGUUGUACUUUUAGAUGUGACUAGUGUUUUUCAUAGAAAUGACAGUGCUCAAAAUUCAUUGCAUGCUUGCAAAUGAAUUUAAUAUAGUCAUCCUAAAUAUAUUUCAAAUUUGAGGAAACUAUAGCUAUAGCAUGAUAGCUAUAUUUCUAAUGUAUGCUAGGUAUUAUCUCUAAAAAACUGUAUUGUGGCAAUGUUAACAGUGUUUGCUCUUGAGCUGUGACUCUGUAUACAGCUGUGAAUGCCAGAGUGGAAAUCUUCAGUCUUGAACUGAUGGAAAUCUGUAGUCGACUGAAGAUUUACUUGCAAUGAUGCACUGUUCUGUCAGCUGUGAGCACACAAUGUCUAGUAAGAAAACUGUUUCUCAGACUUACAUGGUAGUUCUAGGUGAAAGACACCUGUUGAAAAGGGGUCCAACCAGCCAAGAUGAGCAUAUUUUUUGAGUUAAUGGAGCUUGAUUGACCACUUUGUGCCAUGAGGACGAAUUCUCUGUCACUAGAUAGGCAUAUACACAGAAAAAUAAGGUCCUGUGAGAAAAGGAAUUAAACCAGUUAAUCUCCAUAAAAGCUUGCUUUUGACAUGUGUGUCUGUACUGUGUUACACAACACUGUUGCAGUGAAAUCCAAAUUGGGUUUUACUCAAUAUUCCCAUCAGGUAAUCUGCAGAUGCUAGGAAUACAGCUAGGCUUUUAAGGACCACAUUGCAUUUGAAACAAAAAUAUUGUGAAGCAGAUGCUGUUGCAGUCAGGAUACUUCAGCUUAUCCAGCUAAGGGAUAAUUUCCUAGUUUAUUUUUGAGAGUGUUCUCUGUAAAGAUAUUGUUCUGUGAAGCCUAUACUGGGAUGCAACACUCCUGUACCCUUUACUUACAAAGGAGCCCGAUCCACAGCCUGCUGAAGGUAUUGGAAUGGGAACAGGUCUUAUUAUAAGAAAAGCAAGCUGUGUAUUUCCUAGAUUUCCAAUAUGCCAUUAUAAAUCUGUCAUAUAUGCUCAUAAAUACAAGUUCUUAUGUGUGAACUGACCCUUAAUGUUCUAUCGGUUCAUUAUAUAGUAGGCCACUCUGUCCCUUGUCAACUUUGAUGCUUAGUUGCUUUUGGCAUUUAUAGUAUCUUUCCCAAUUUUCUCACACUUCUACUUGUCUUGGUAAGAGAGAUGAAACACAAGAAAUUCUUCCUUCUGGGGAUCAUUUGUGACUUGUCUAGAAGGAGAAUAUUUAAGUGUCAGUGUAAUUUGCAGAAGGGUGAGGAGAAGGUACUUGAAAUGAGAAUACUGCAUCACUGGGAUAGCUGUCAGGAUUGGUCCUUGCAGUGCUUCAAAAAAAGGGGUGAUACUUUUCUGAUUUGCUGUCCUUUUCUGGAACUGAAAACUUGUUUUUAUUUCUCCAAAAGAGCCAACUAUUAUUUUAAACAUGAUGAGCCAAACUGCAUUGUUACACAGAUGUAAAUCUGAUAUGAUCCCACUUGGCUGAAUUAAAUCAUUCCUAAUUUAAAUCACCAUUGCUGAGAGCAGGUGUUGGUCCAAUAUAUGUAUGCAUUGGAGAAGCAUAAGUUGUGUAAAUUUAACUGUCUGAAUAAAUACUUAUCUUGUGUUAUUUACACAUCUGCCUGUCUCUUCUGUCUGUAAUUCUUGAUAAUAUUCUUGUGUGAUUUUACUGCUGAUAAAAACAUAUCUCUUGAUACUGCAUUCUGUCUCUGAAGGAAUCUAUUUGACCCUUUAACUGAAAUUUCAGCUUUAUUCAAACUUUCUCUUCCUAGAUGAAUUCAGAGCUGUAGAAAGAUGUAUGGUCCAUAGUGUGGUUCCCGUGUCAGUGUCCAUUAACUAUCAGCUGAACGGAGAGAGAUGCACUCACCUAAAAGGCUCUACUUAUGCCUCGGUAGCCUAAUAUUGACAAUGAGGGUGGUGAAACACUGGAACAGGUUGCCCAAAGAGGUGGUAGAUGCCUCAUCCCUGGAAACAUUGAAAGUCAGGUUGGACAGGGCUUUGAGUAACCUGAUCUGGUUGAAGAUGUCCUACUCACUACAAGGAGGUUGGACUAGAUGACCUCUAAAGGUCCUUUCCAACCCAAACCAUUCUAUGAUUCUAGGUUUCCAUGAUCCACUCCAUCCUCAACAGAAACAGCUCAAAGGCUGGAAGGAGGACCACUUGUGGAGGUGGCAUAUCUGGGAAGACGGACAAGAAGCACUUGUUUUGUGUGCUCCAUCUGAUGUCCUGCCUUGUUGGAGCUCCUUCGGUCCUGUGCUUGGGUUCCCAUCUAAAAGCAGCAGCACUCUCCCUUCCUUGGAUUUUCUGGCUGCUUUCCUGGGUAUGAUGACUUUGUCUCUCACUGAAAUGGGGCUAUGCAUCCAUCCUUCUUACACAGGUAAGGCUUACACUAGAGCAGUGCUGUCUGCCAACUCUCUGGGAUGUUAAGCAUGUAUUGUAGAGCUCUAGGGCUGCAAUUCAGCUGACUGAGCACAGGUUGGAUCUCAAGGCUUCCCUACAGGUACAAGCUUUACAGGGGUUUGUAAACACUAAUGCUUUUUUUCUUAAUACAGGGGAUGUGCAGAUCUGGACAAUUUCCAUGUCCAGUGUUCAAUGAUAUACUUCUGCAGGUUAGGCUGUUCUGAGGCUUAGGUCAGGGUCUUUUAGUUGUCCAGCAUCUUUUUAGCUCUUGGUUUCUCAUCUCUCUCUUCCUCACCUCAUCCUUCCCGCUACCUCUUCCACUCACUGCUUUUCUGCUUUUCUUCAGUUGGUACCAACAGAAAGGAUCAACAUAUGCCUUUCGUUCUCUCCCUCCUUCCUCUGCAUCAUCAUUAGACCUCUCUUAACACUUUGGUCGUCUGCUGGAGAAAAAAAACAUGUUUCAAAACAGAUUUCAAUUGCUAAACUGGAGUUUGACUCUCAUGUCCUCUCUUAGAAGCAUCUUCAGAUGUUUCAGUUGAACAAGAACUUGUCUAUUUUAUUACCAUCUGGUGUUACUUCUUGGAGUGAUACUUAGGCUACAACAUUCACAAUGCAUCAAUUCCAUUACACUAGCAGGACUUGUGCUGCAUGUAGAUGACAUGUCAUUAAACAUUUAUUGAUUACUUAUUGUUCCUGUGUUCCUGAUACAGAAAGAUGUUAAGCAUCUUAAUAGUCCCAAUGAUCACAGGCAAUUCAGACAUCUGCCUGGGGAACUUGCUAAACCUGUGUCUAGAUGCGCAGUCUGCAUCUGAACCUGCAAAUCUGAGUUUGAGACCCGUGUCCCAUUAAGUUGCAUGGGCCAUCACCACUGGCCACCAGAAACCCUGGUAUGAGGAGAAGACAUCUCAUCAAAAUCUGGCACUCAUUUUAACACGCGAGGGACAGAUGUGUACAAGUCUGAGAGUGCAGAUCCUUCCAGGCCAGGAUGUGCUUGAAGGCAUAAAUCAUAUGCAUAAACUUGCUUGGGAAAUCAUGUUCCACCCAAAGACUGUGCUCAGUAGGUGAGACAGAGCUCAGCCACCUCCUGCUUGCAGUUACUCUUCCAAGUGUUCCUCUUUCAAGGGAUGGUACCAGCACAGACUGCGCUGAUAUCUUCUCAGUCUUCUCCCCGUCUCCAGAUCCACUGGAAAACCCUCCAAGAACAGCUCAGAAAUUACUUUGCGUAAGGAAAGGCAAUUAUUAGCAGUGAGGAAACACAGCACCACCUUUGUGACAAGGGAGAGCUGGAUCUUCUGAGGAGAAGAAUUCCUUACAGCCCAAUGUACUCUGACAUCAUGAC